AUGUCUUCGAAGAAAUCUACAGCAAAGGCUUCUACGAAGGUCGCAACCCAUCCGACAUGGAUCGAGAUGAUUAAGGAGUGUAUUGGCGCGCACAAGGAGGAUGCUCGGAUUGGCGUGUCUCGGCCUCAAAUCAAGAAAUUCGUCGAAACGAAAUACAACCUCGACAUUGGUGCCGCACAGAUCUCACAGCUCUCCAAGGCCCUAGGGUCCGGGAGCGAGAAGGGAAUCUUCGUCCUCCCCAAAGGUCUUACGUUCCUCAUGUUCAAGCCGCCUCCCACUUACUUAAAAAUGUUUCACAAAGGUCCAUCAGGCAGAGUCAAGCUCGCGCCAAAGAACAAACAUGUAGAGCCUGAGAGCAGUGAUGAGGACCAACCAGCCGCGAAAGUGAAACCUCUGGUAAAGGCGAAGGCCGCUCCAAAGCCUGCAACAAGCAAAUCAAGGGCCCCGACCGUUGCCACGGUGAAGAAACCUCAGCCAGCUCCUCGAACGACCGCCACCUCCAAAGCCGCGUCUAAACCAAGCGGCACCGCUCGUACCAAUGCGGCUGCGAAGAAAGCUGCACCUCUCAAACCCGCGACCAAGACUGCUCCUGCAAAGAAAACCAUUGCUGGUAAACCGAAAGCUACUUCCAUUACCAAGAAGACUACAGUUGCCUCCAAACGCGGGGCAGCUAAGAAAGCUGUUACUGGAACUUCUGCCCCAGAGAAAGCUAAGACAGCAGCAAAGAAAGCCCCGCCUAAGAAGACCCCCGCUGUAAAAGCAACAUCCAACUCUUCGACAGGAAGGAAGAAGACUGCACGGAAAUAA